UUUUUUAUCCAAUUCAAAAGAUUUUCUAGAUAAGUUUGGGCAUUCAAAUUAAUUAUCGCCUUCCUAAUUACUGUGCCUCUGGCAGCGAGGUUGACCUACCAAUUUGGCGGCUCCGUUGGACGACUGCUCUAUUAUCACGUUAAUCGUUAACAAAUAAACACAAUUUGAAAUGCUAAGUAACUGCGGGAACGACUAACAUUUUUACUUGCAGACGUAAACACAGAGAAGGAUGUCUUAUUCGUUUGGGCAUUUUGCCAUCUAUCCAAGGAAGUGGAGGAAAAUUUAACUUAUUGUUUCUCUGUUGAGCCAUUUGAGUUUCAACAUUCUUUGUUAGAUAUCGUUUGCCAAAACAGAGAUUGCAAGAGAAUCACGUGUUUCUUGGUCACAUCAAAGACUCCGAAAUGGAUGCUAGGGACUGCACUGUGUUAGAGCGACAUUUCUCGAGACUUCAACAAUGUCUCGAACCUUCAAAACUUUUGCGUCAUCUUGAAACUGUCGGUGUUAUCGAUGAAGACGACGUGGAGACCAUUCGCGAAGAGAAAAAGAAAACGUCGAGGGAAAACCAAGUGACAGUGUUUGUUGACAUUAUUAAAAGACGAGAGAACGGCCUCAGACAUUUACUUCAGGCUUUGUUGAAAUCUAAAGUGCAAGAUUUCUUGGCGAGAGAGCUUCUUGAAGAUGAUGUCUAUGAUGAAGAAGAAAUCAGCAGUAUAUUGAUGGAACUGGAAAACGACUUGGAUGAGACUCAAUCCUUGAAAUUGAGCCUUAUUGAAGAGCAAAAACGGCACAAAAACACUAAGAGGGAGUUGGAGGAGAUCAGGAGAAGCUCCAUCGUGUUCAGUGACUCUAGCAGCUCGGGUCUGUUCGCUGAUUAUGAUUCUGCUCCGAGCGACGGCGAGGAAUUUUGUGACUACUCACCCAGAGAGGAGAAUGAAAACACGCUAAGUCUGAACGAAGACCAUUCCGCAUCGAUUUUUGAUCAAGAUCAGACUAAGUUCCUAGACCCGGUAUCUCAAUCAGCGGCGAUAAAUGACGAUUUAGAAUGGGAGCAUGAAGAUGGCUGGCGAAAGUUUGGGAGCCUUGAUAACCUAGACUCUCUGACUCGAAAAAAUUCUGAAGGAGGUUCGACUAUUAAGCUGCGGAAAAGCUCCUCCAUGGGAAAAUUGAACAGUGAUGGUCGAGGGAGGUACGUGGACGAACGUAGACGCUCUGGACAUGCUAGGUGGUGCAGCGACGAGAGCCUUGAGGGCAGCAAAAAAUUGUCAAAUUCGCUACACAGACGACCAAGCGACGAUGGAAAAAUGGACCUCCUUGAGAGCAAAGUGGCUCUUCUGGAAAAAAGGCUUCGAGAUGAGCAGCGGAAGCGUCAGAUUUCCGAAAAUGAAGUUGCCAAGUUGCAAGUAGAGAAGGAGAAUCUGUUCGAGGAACUCGAAGAUACUCGAGACCAGCUACAUGUAAGACUCAGCCAACUGAAUCUGUUCUGCGCUGAUGACGAUUGCUAUGAAGGAGAGCUACAUUUCGAGCAAAGUGAAAAUGUCGACGAUUUUUCAGAGGCACGAAAGGUGGACUAUGAAACUAGUUCCAUGGAAAGACCUAUCCAAGUGCCAACCGGAAUUGCGGAGACCGCUUCCCGGAGCAGCUCACCUGGCGUUGAUAAGCUUCGUACCCAGUCUGAGCAAAUGAGAAGAACACGUCUGACGGGAAGUUGGAGAACAGUGAAUGCUCAGUUUUACGAGCUGGACGAAUACGAUGAUGAGAUUAAGGUCGAAAUGGAUCCAAGUAAUAUUAUGGACACAUUGCGCAGACUCAAAACGCACAAUAACUGUUUGUAUAACGAUAUAUUGUAUGAAAGAGAUGAGCUUAAGAGUCUGAGAAAAAGAGCGUCAAGACUAGAAUCACUCUAAUGAUUAAGAUGUAGUAUUCAAGUAGGAAUGCAUAAACUUCGCCUGCUUGCCUGUCACCAACGACAGAAUAACCAUCUGUAGACUGAAAGCGAAUUCCUCAGAUGAAGUGAAAAACGAUUAUGAUUUAAAGAACACUAAACAAUGUCCGCUUAUACCAAGCAAACGAUUCGGUAUUCCAUUUUUAAAUCCGAGCUAGAAAGUUAAAAAAGUAAAAUCUCUCCGUCGAUUAGUUACGAACAGUUCCCAGUCAAGCAAUUCAAUACGUAAGAAAUUGUAUUUGAUCACAUGAUUAUUUAUCAACUUUCUGGUGGUACUCGUAAAGGAUAUUUCACUACUCCAGCUUUGAUCUUUCAUUUUCGGUUGUUGAAGCUCCUGAGGAAAAAAAUUAUUGGCAUAAAUCUUUAAAGAUGAGUUUUGUUUCAUUCAAUCUUGAAUUAAAGGGCUUGUGUUAGAAUGGGACAAGAAAUGUGAGUACAUAAGUAUAUUUAUUUUAUCUAGAGACUUUUUUCACUCAAAAACUCAGGUUAGGUGUCUCUAUGAAUUGUAAUGUGUAAGACUAGGCUAAAAACAGCAAUGUCGUGGAAUUCGUGUUUUUGUUAUUGUUUUUUGUUUUCUUUCGAAAUGAAAAAUACCAAAAGGAAGGACAUUCAGCGAAAAGUACCAAGGUAUGAAAUGGUGGGGGAAGGGGGGGGAUGGAUGGGUCAGUUAGUAGACUUGGAAAUGAUCUUUAUUUGCGUGUGAAUGCAAAUUCAUUUUUAACUGUAACACACACCCCUACAACCUUUUUCGGAGACAGAGGCUUGCGGCUUCUGAGAAUUGGCUUACAGCAAAUGACAAGCAUUCAAAAUUUCGUCCACAAAAGUUUAUUUUUUUCUUAUUAUUAUUUUAUUAUAAUUAUUAUUUUUCACAGACCUUAUUUUAAAUAGCACUCGGCUUCAUGCUUCUACUAAGGAUUUAUCAAUGGUUUAAAUACAACCAAAUAGAUAUGGCGCUAUCAAGCCAUUACCAAAAAUGAAUGUUUACAUUUAUCAGUUAAAUAGUUUUUACAGAUUCCUCAAAAUACCGUAAUGCGUUCUUUUUGCGAAGAAAAUAAUUAAUGAACCUUGAUCUUUCACUGUUUAAAUUAUAUCGGUGAUAAAUAUCCCCUGUAAUCCUU